AUGGCUUACCCACAGCGAUUCCUCAAGGGCGUGAAUGUCGUCGUGGCUCCCAGGUGGCCGAUAGAGAAGGUGAGCCAAACAGCAGCUCUGCCAGAUCUCAUGAAACUGCUCCAACACAAGGUCCUCGUCUCCAAACAGCCGGUCACCAAACGCCACAGGAAGCUGCUUCUGAAGAGCAGCUUUGUGUCGUCCAGCGCUCCUGCCCGCGAGGAAGAACAACAGCUGCUGGAGCAGAAACAGAAGCUGGCGAGGACGCAGGAGUCCCGUCGCCGCCUGCUGAGCGACGUUUGUGCCAAAUAUCGGCCGAGCGUCACCGAGCAGCUGGUCUCACAGCGGCAGGUGUCACGGGUUUACGUGGAGGACCGCUCCAGGCUGCUGUACUGUGAGGUGCCCAAAGCUGGCUGCUCUAACUGGAAACGGGUGAUGAUGGUGUUGGGUGGUAGUGCCUCCUCCACUCGAGACAUUCCCCACGACGUGGCACAUUACGCCAACCACCUGCGUCGACUUGAGAGCUACGACCACGCCGGCAUCGCUGAGAGAUUGCGCUCUUAUAACAAGGUGCUGUUUGUGCGUGAGCCAUUCGAGCGGCUGGUGUCGGCCUUUCGGGAUAAGUUUGAGAGUCCGAACUCGUACUACCACCCUGUGUUUGGACGCCCCAUCAUCUCCAGAUACCGCGUCAACGCCACAAGCACCGCCCUGCGUACCGGCGCCGGCGUCACCUUCAGGGAGUUCGUGCAGUACCUGCUGGACGUGCGUCGGCCGGUGGGGAUGGACAUCCACUGGGAGCCGGUCAGCCAGCUGUGUAACCCCUGCCUGCUCCGAUACAACUUCAUCGGAAAGUUUGAGAGGCUGGAAGAAGAAGCCAACUUCCUGCUGCAGAGCAUCGGAGCACCGAGGAACCUCACCUUCCCCGACUUCAAAGACAGAAACCCCCUCGCAGAGAGGACUUCCUCCACCAUCACCCAAAAAUACUUUUCACAACUGAACUCCACAGAGAGGCAGAAGGCCUACGACUUCUACUACAUGGAUUAUCUGAUGUUUAACUACCCCAAACCCUUCAAAGACCUGCACUGA